UAUCAAGAUGCAUACCAUCAACUUCGUCAGGAGAAUGAUGACUUGCGAAACCAAUUAGCACAACGGGAAGUGACCAUUCGAGCACUAACGAUUCAAUUAGAGCACAUGAAACUGGGGUCAUCAACAUCUCCUUAA